AUGCCACGUAGUAGUAGUAACAGCAGCCAAAGAGGAAGCUCGAAAGGCAAUGAGCAGCAGAAAAUCCAGAUUCCUGAAAACCCCAGAGUCCGUCGUCACGGUCACGAUAACGACACGCCGCCGGCGACAGAAUACUUGAAUAUCCAGUUGGGACGUCACGAGUAUUCAGAAGACGUUACUGAGGAUUCUGAAGUGUCAGAAAUUUUUCAGAAUUCUGGAAAUUCUGAAAAUCCUGCUUCAGAAGACAGCGACUCCGAAGACAUCGAAAAUAUUCGGAUCCUUCGUUCGGACACCGCCAAUAAAACUAUCAAAAUGGAUGAAUUCAUAUCUGAAAUUUCGAAAAUCCUGAAAAACGAAAAUCUGAAAUUAGAAAAUUUCAAAUCCCAAGCUCUCGAGGCUCUUCGAAGCGGCACUGAGCAAUUCCUUGCGGAUUUAUUUGAAAAAUCCCAGAAUUUGCCAUCCGACAUGCAAAAUGCUCUGGAGGAGGAUUAA